AUGCCUCAAGAAAUCGGCGAUAUCAAGAAGUUCAUCGAGAUCUGCAGGCGGAAGGAUGCCUCUUCCGCCGGGAUCAAGAAGAACAAGAAGACACAGCAGGUCAAGUUCAAGGUCCGCUGCCAGCGGUACCUGUACACCCUCGUCCUCAAGGACUCGGACAAGGCCGAGAAGCUGAAGCAGAGCCUGCCGCCCAGCCUGCAAAUCAAGGAGAUCCCCAAGAAGAACAAGCAGAAGACUUCGUCAUGA